AUGGCCGACCCCCUCCUCGACUUCCUCUCCGACGGUCUGCCUCCAUCGCUAACCGAACGAGGUAGCGACAGUGCCGCAGCAGCAUCAACCUACCUUUCCCGUCUAACCUCACUCUCAUUCAAUGACAUUGUAAACAACGAACCCGCAGCCCUAAAAUCCUCCCAUCACUCCAUCAACCUGUCCCUUCAAUCCCUCGCUUCCCGGUCCUACCAAAGUUUCAUAACUUCCUCUGAACAACUAUCCACCAUUCCAACCGCUCUCAACAAACUCAAUGAUUCAAUCGAAUCCCUAAAAUCACACCUCCCGGCGCUGGACGCCCACCUCAGCGAAUUUUCGAAGAAAUACCAUAAAUCAUCACCUGUGCUUCAAGAACGUACUCGAAAACAUACCUUAGCAAGAACUUUCCCCAAACUGCUCGAUAUUCUAGAGUUGCCCACUCUUCUGCAAUCCGCAAUAUCUUCAUCGAACCCCUCGUUGGCCCUCGAUAUUCAUUCCCACGUUCGUAGACUAUACCAGUUGUACCCGAAUACACCGAUAAUUGCUUCCGUAACUCGUGAAUGCGAUGCUCUCCUCCAAGUGCUAAAUACACAACUUCUAACAACCCUACGCGGACCACUCAAGCUCCCAGCAGCUAUAAAAACGAUUGGAUACCUGAAACGGACAUCGCCGAACAUAGCUCCGGGGGAGGAAGUCUGGGGUUCCAUAUUCCUCGUUGCACGAUUGUCAUUCUUGAAUAGUCUCUUCCAAGCGUUGGAUCCGCUCCGGGAACUCGCAGAUGUGGAAAGGGAAGAAUGGGCGAAGUCGCAGACCGCCGCGAAUGGCGAUAGCAAUCGGAAAUCCAAGUCAACAGGUCACCAAACCGAGAGAUAUCUAAAACGUUGGAUCGAGGUAUUCCGUGAGCAGAGUUUUGCGAUAGUAACUAUGUACCGAGCUGUUUUCCCGCCAUCUGGAAGUACGACUACAAAUCUUGCUUCGGCUUAUCUUGCCCCCCAAACACCUGUUACGCCAAAUAUUAGAAGAAGCAGUGUGGUUAGCGCAGAUGGAGAUAUUGGCGAUGGGAUUGAUACGCCCAGUCCGCUAGUUACGUUCGUUCCUCAUUUGGUGACUAUGCUAACGUCGACUCUGAGGAACUACCUGCCGGUCGUAUCAGACAAAUCGGCGAGGGAGUCAUUGUUGACGCAGAUGUUAUAUGCGGCGGGAAGUUUAGGAAGGUUAGGUGGGGACUUUGGUAUGAUUCUUGCGACAGGGUUAUUAGGAGUUGAUGGUGCCGGAAGUGAGGACUCCGUGGAAGGAAAUACAGAGGGGGGCGAGUGGGUUGAGGUUAUGCAAAAGCAUAGAGUUUUAGCGGAAAGGCUAGAGGAAUUGGCAGCUGGGAAAGGAAUCAGGUCGCCAUCAGCCAGUCCUCUCUUAUCGUAA